AUGAUGAAUGAACAAAUUUUUUCAAAUGACCAAUGUAAUCCUGUAAUGUUAGUUAGUGGAAGUUGGAAAUCAAAGGCGGCUACGAUUUUAAUAGUUGAUGAUUAUACCUUUCCACUUCAAGACUUUGCGCCGGCAAGAAUGCAAUAUGAGGGCCUUGAAGAAGGAGAAGAAGAAGAAGAUGAUGAUAAUGAGAAUGAUGAAAAUGAUCAGUCGAGUCAAUUAUACAAUGGAUCUCUUACUAUUGCUGUUAAUAAUUCAGCUAUAUAUAAACAUGACAAGAAUUAUGUUUAUGGUAACGCUACCAAUGAAGAUGUGAAAAGUAUGAAUGAAUGUGAGUUAAUUAGUAAGUCAAAAUAUCAUCAUGUUAGUAAUAUAAAUCGUACAUUAAAACGUCGAUAUAAGAAAUGUUCUAAUGUUUAUAACAAUUUGAAAGGAUAUAUUCGAAAUCACGAUAAGAAGCUUUCUUAA